AUGAGCGGACCACCAUAUGGGCAGCCUCCAUAUGGAGGGCCUUCCAACUAUGAGCAACCGUACGGUUCAAGCCCGACGCAACAGUAUGGGCCGCCUCAGUACCCCCCAUCCAAUCAGCAGCGAGGGCCUCCUUACCGCGGGCCGCCAAAUUUUAGUCACCAUCAAGCCAAGCGGCAAAAGGGGAACGCAGUGGUGACUCGGUACCCUCCUCCGCCGAACUAUCGGCAACAGCCGGGUCAGCAGAAUAUGCCUUUCAAUCAGAAUCAACAUCCGUCUCCCACUGGACCCUAUCCACCAAAUGGAUUCCCUCCGCAACAGCAACCUCCCCAAGGUUACCCACCUCAAGGGUACCAGCCGCCGCAAACUCCUCAAAACCAAGGAUAUGGCCCUCCGCCGCCACAAGGGUAUCCCCAACCACCGCCACAGCCGCCAUACCAGCAGCCACCCAAUUAUCAGCAGAACCAAGGAUACCCUCCGCCGCCUCAGCAGUAUCCUCCACCGCCUAAUCCUCCCCAACCUAAUUACCCUUCCUCUCAGCAAUACCCGCCUCAGCAGUAUCCGCCUCAACAGGGAUAUCCGCCUCAGCAAGGGUACCAGCAACCUCCGCCUGCCAAUCCUGGGUUUCAAGGUCCGCCAAAUCAAUAUCCGCCUCAGCAACAGUACCCCGGUCCAUAUCAGCCACAGCAAGGCUUCCAGGGACAGCAAGGAGCUCCUAAUUAUCCUCCUCAACAAGGACAAUAUCCUCCACGUCUAGGUCCGACAUCGAAGACAUGGCCUCCACCGGGUUACAAGGCCCCGCCCUCAGAUCCGCAGGCCCAACGUCAAGGUUCUCAUGGAAAUUUUGGUCAAGGUCUAGACCCUACUCAACGACAGGCCAGCGGAACUCCAUCAGCAACGCCAGCUGAGUCUACAGUCGGCCAGAACCGUCCGCCAAGCCCUCCGGCUUAUGUUAACAAGAGUAUCUACUCGGACGAGGACGAUUGGAAUCUUGACUUUGAUGGGGCUUUAUGGCCCAAGGCAACCGAUCCCAUCAAUAAUGAAUUUAGCAUUGGGAUUACUGUAUGGCACCCUCCGAAGCUGGUAACGCGAGCCUUGCCGGCCACGUAUGCGGAGUGCGAGCUUCUGAACAAGCGUCCAAAUGAUCCACCGUUGGAGAAUGGGAACUCUAUCUCAACCUACUUCACUCUCAGCAAUUCUUGGAAUGCGUUCCUCAAUAUCCGACAGACGGACGACUGGGAGCACAUGGCGGAAGACCCGAUCUUUAGAGAAUUCCCCGAUCAGGGCGAGCUCAUUCACAUGGAUGAGGUCCGUCAACAAUGGCGGAAUCGACCUGCUCUCGCCGAUGACAAGAAAGACGUACCCAUGGUAGAUGCUGGACGUACUGAAGAGGGCGAGGUGGCGGAUGAUAACCGAAAUAAGGCCUGGAAUGUGAUGGAUAACCUAGAGCAAGCUCUUUUCGGAGAGGAUUCGUCCAAAGCUCGCGACAAGCAGUCCCAAGACAUUUCCGCCUACAGUCCGCCUGCAUCAACCCCUAUCAUUCCACAUAUGCGGAACGGUGUGGCUCAGGAAGUCUUUUCUGAGAGAAGACACAAUGGCUCACCGAAGGCUGGUUAUCCAACGCCCCGUCCUUAUGGCCGUUCAUCCAGUCGGAACGGGUCAUCAGACAGGCGUUCAUCCAGUUACCACCAUAAGCCACCCUCGGACUUCCAUUCUAAUAAGAACAUGCACGGUUACAAUCAUCAUGCCGGACCUGGGGCAAAUCGAUCACCACCAAGAGCUUCGCCACCCCGCCGACCCUCUCCUUUCCUCGAUGCCUGGUCUACUGACACCGGCGAUGGAGCAAAUGGCCACGGACCAUUCCACAGUGCCGACUCUCCUCGAUCCGUCAACAGUAACCGCACUCAAAUCGGUUCUGAUUUCGCCGACCCAGCCGACCCAAACACCCAGCUCGUCGGGGAAUCGCAAGCCGCGACUCUGGGCGUGGAAAAGACCCGACACCGUGAUUAUCCGCGGUCGCACAGCGGUUCAAGGAAACGGAGCUAUGCGGACACGGACUUCGCGAGGGAGACGCAGGACUCGGACCGGCAUCGGCAGAGCGAAGAUCCAUCCCGGUCGAGGAAGAGGCCGUCCCGAGCCGCCGCAGCUUACGGGUGA